GGAUUUCUCCCAGUCCCUGUCAACAACCUUUCAUUUCUUUUCCGCAGACGGGGUACCAGGCGUACCGUGCUGCUUUUUUAAAUUCCUUUCGUUCGUCGUUUCUCACGCGGUCAGUAACUUGUAGUUGCCUGCCGGCGACUAAAUAAUAGACUUGACUCCUUUAUUUUCGUUCUUCAACCACCACCACCACCAGCGCCAGUACGGAUGCCCAAACCCAACACUCGCCAACUAUUCGGCGUUUCUGAUCCUGUGUUUGAUUCAUCAUGCAAGCUCGUCACGUCUCCCUUCUUCUCGUCGGCAGUUCUAGCAACUAUUCGGCUCAUGGUUGCUCUCUACACAAUGACAACUCUGAUUGUUAUUCUCGUAAUGGACGGUGAAGAUGGAAAGACCGCUGGGAGGGACUUUUCAUACUUCACUCAGCUGACCUACAUCGGAAUAUGCGCAUACUAUUGGGCUUCGUUCGUUCAGACUGCUUCUUAUGAGUGGAGAAGAAGAAAAGGGAAGAUCGGGUAUCUUCUUCAACGGUGGCCGAAAUUCUUACAGGUUCUGCACUUGAUACUUGGAACGACGAUUGUUAACUACCCUAUCCUCGUGACACUUGUCUUCUGGGUCCUGUUAGCCGAUUCUCGCACGCUAGGGACCCCAACACUCGUAUGGCGAAACGUCAGCAUUCACGCUCUCAACUCCGUUUUCUGCCUGUUCGAGGUGUUAUUCACGCAUAGUCCACGCCCAAGGUGGAUUUUUCUAAUCUUCACGGUUCUCAUUCUGGGAGGAUAUUGUGGGUUGGCGUAUGUGACGAAGAAGACACAGGGGUUCUACACCUACUCCUUCCUCAAUCCAGAUAAAGGCCCUAUCUUAGCAGUUUACCUCGUGGGUAUCGCCGUUGCAGAGUGUAUCAUCUUCGCUCUCGUCUGGGGAUUGAUGUCGCUCCGACAACGGAUGUUUCCAGUCAAGGAGACGAGGGAACGCCUCGAGGAUGCCCGCGAGGAUCAUGGCAGUCUUGGUAGGAUUCGUUCGGAGGAUGAGAAAGGUAGCUGGGAGAAUGUUUGAUGGUUGGCCUCAGGCCAUGGAGCUCAUGGUAUUCGGUUACUGGUAUGCGUGAGAUCGCUGCUCAACCCGUUUGUGAUGUUGGGAGUUUUCAGUCCCGGCUUCUGUGUCUCCUACCCGUUUCUCCCCCCCUCCCCCUUUCUCUCUCCGUCUCAUAGUCAAGUUUCUUGGGUUCCAUACUUAGGGCUACUAUCACCAAAACGCCACACCUACUUCGUUCUCUCAUUCGCUCGUUACGCAAAUCGGUAAACCCGUAUUUUAUUUCUCGUUUCUUUGGGAUCACAGGAAUUGAAUGGAAAAGACACGGCUCGUUGCAAUAUGUACGAAAUAACAC